AUGACCGAGCAAGCGAAAGCAGCUCGUAGGGCUCUCCAGAUCGCGAAAGCGAAGGCAGACACAAGUCCCAGAAGGUGUUGGACAAGCUCCAGGCUGGGGCCUCCAAGUAUCAAAAACCGAAUGAAGACGACAGAGGCACUAAAAAACACGGGAAGAAGAUAUCAAGGAGAAGGCAGCAACAGCUUCAAAGCGCAACGGCAUGAAAUCGAUGAACAUCUCGGGCAAGCGGACACCAAGCCAACUGAGGGAGCCACCGAGCAAACCUCAACGAGCUCACAAGAAGAGGCCAUAGGCGAGAACCAUGGCGAAGACGACAUGAGUGCAAACAAUGACGUCGACAUGUGUGCCUCACUGCGACUGGACGAUCUAGAUGAGAAAACGCCACCGAGUUUGCCGAUCCCUAGGGGUAUCUUGAACGCGACAGACGGCUUCACUCUAGAUGGACUAAAUUAA